UUGCUACCAUAGGAGAACAUGAUGGCUCACAAUGUCUGGGGAAGAUGUCUCCAAAGUUGUUCUUAACGGAGUGAUCAAGGGGCAAUUCCAUCAGCUUAUUUUGUCUUCUGCUUUUCUACCUGACAUUAAAAGUGGACCCUGAACCCAGUUUUCAAAGCAAAAAAGAGGUACUCUGCUAACAGUGCAUGAUGAAGAAUAAUUCUUUUUGUACACCAACCCAGCUGUUGUGCUUGCUUCCAAACCUAUCUUUCAAAGUAUGAACACUUCUGAAAAACCAGUCUACUUUUCCAAAUGGUUUUGCAGCAAUUUUUGAAGAUGAUUUUGCCGUUGGGGUUGUUGAUUUUAUCUGCAUCACAGAUUCAUAUAAGCUUUUAUUUUGUUGCUUUUCUCCACCUGUGGCCUGUGGAAGGUGACAUUAUCGCACACUCUAUUGAUAAUCAAACGCAGAACUUUGAUGAUCUCCCGUCAAGAUUUGGUUACCGGCUUCCUAAAGAUGGUCUAAAGGGUUUCCUUGUAUAUUCAAGACCAAAAAAUGCUUGUGAGCCAAUCAUUUCUCCACCCAUGAUAGACAAUUCUUCAAUCAACUUCAUUGUUCUGAUUAGAAGGUUUGACUGCAAUUUUGAUAUUAAGGUAUUGAAUGCUCAGCGGGCUGGAUACAAAGCUGCCAUUGUACACAAUGUUGACUCUGAUGAACUUAUUAGUAUGGGGUCCAAUGAUGUUGAGGUUUUUAAACAAAUCACCAUUCCAUCUGUGUUUAUUGGGGAAACAUCAGCUAAAUAUCUUCUGGAAGAAUUUAGCUAUUUCAGAGGUGGCCAUAUAGUGAUACUACCCGAUUUUAGCCUUCCAUUGGAGUAUUAUCUAAUUCCAUUCCUCAUCAUAGUGGGAAUCUGUUUAAUCCUGAUUGCUGUUUUUAUGAUUUCAAAAUUUAUUCAAGACAGGCGCAGGGCAAGAAGGAACCGGUUGCGUAAAGAUCAGCUGAAAAAACUUCCAGUACACAAAUUCAAAAAGGGUGAUGAAUAUGAGGUGUGCGCAAUUUGUCUAGAUGAAUAUGAUGAAGGUGACAAGCUUCGCAUCCUGCCCUGUUCACACGCAUACCACUGUAAAUGUGUGGACCCAUGGCUAACGAGAACAAAAAAGACCUGCCCUGUCUGCAAACAGAAGGUAGUGGCAUCUCCGGGAGAAUCAGAUUCUGAAACUGAUGAUGUAGAUAGCAGCCACGAAGAAAAUGAUGAUGCCUCUGAAAACACACCUCUGCUGAGAUCUUCACUUGCCUCAACCAGUGCGCAUUCCUUUGGUACCAUGUCAGAAUCUCGAUCUCGCCAAGAAGCAGUGGAAUCAUCAGAAUAUGAAGAGGAGGAGGAAGAGGGAGAAAGCAGUGAUGCUGAGGAAGGAGUCAAUGAAGAAACAGUAGUUCAGAUGCAGCAGGAAAACCCUGAAGCUGUUGUCGGAGAGAGGGGAACCAGAGAGUCUGCCGCAGUAGUCUGAUUUUAGUCUUUUUUUUGUCUGAAAAAAUGAAAUCUGCACAUCCUGAAAACAAUGUGUCAAAAUUAAAAGUUCAGGAAAUUUUUCCAUUUGCUUUUCCACAUUUUAUCAAUUGCAACUUUACAACAUAUAUGCAACUUUUGUAGGGAUUUAAAAUCUCUCACAGCUCUUUGCUCAUUUCUGCUGCUAGAAUGAAGUGCAGCAGUCAUCCAUAGAUUUUUUUUUUGGUAACCCAAGCAGCACUGAGGUUUCUCCAAAAUUGUUGCUGACCUAUUUGGCACUGCUGUCAACAUGUAAAACUGUUACUUUGAUCACCCAGCCAUGGUAGUUGGGUUCAACUUCUUAUUCAGAUACUAAGCAAAUGACUUUAAGAAAAAGAAAUAACUUGAAUAUAAAAUGGCUGAAUGACACUGUUUCUUUGUAGAAUGUUUAAUCAUGUUUUUAUCAAUUCUCCAUCAGAAACAAAGAAUCCUACUAAUUGUUCCAAAUGUAAGUAUAUCUUGUUUUAUUUACCAAAAUCAAAUUUAUUGAAGUUAAGGUUCUCAAGUCAUUUUGGAUUUGAUUUUUAAAUGGGGAUAUUCUGUAUGUAAUUUCAGUUGUUAUAAAUCAAUAAUAAAAUUGCCCAAAGAAUUAAGUUGAA